UCAUGUUGACCGCACGUCAUGCACGUUCAUAGCAGCGGAUGCGCGCCAGGAAAUAGUGCCGUCAGCUCCUAGCGAAGCAGAUAUCAAUGAGAUUAUACGACCAGAUGCGUGGUACUGAGGACGGUCGUCUGAUGGUUUCGCUAUCAGUGUCGCUGGGAGUGAUGAUAGAAGGAAGAGGUGAGGUGCCACGGCCCCGCAAACCUCAGGCUGGGCGUUUCGGGCAGGCACGGACUAGCGUCGAUCAUUGUUCCGACCGAAACGAACAUCGAACACCUUCCAAACUUCCUCACCCCAUCGUGACAACCAUCGCCCUUGCAUUCGCUUGUUUCACGAGAAUAUGGCUUGUAUACGGUGUUGCACGGCGCCACAGUGGAUCGGAGGCUGAAGUUCCCGACGCGUACACCGUCGCAGAAGAUGAAGUAGACACAAUGACAGGUAGUAGAUUGCGAAACAGCGGAAGCUUUUCGAACGAAUACGUGAGAUGUGGAAAGGUAUUUAGAUGCGAAAGGUUCUCUCGCGGUUCGCCUUUCAAAGCUCUUGCUCUAUACAAACCAUCAGAAAACACUAUACGAGCCGGUCUCACCUAAUACACUCUUUACGAACCGACACGAACGCAUCCGACGACCUCGCACCAGCAACGCU